UGCGCUAUUUGAGAGGAUGAAGCUGCUCCCAGAUCUGUUUAACUUCUGCUAACAUCCCAACGCUUCUCUUCUUCCGUGUAGCUGGAAAAUGUUCCGGGUAUGAUCGUCAUCUGCUUGUAUUUCCAGUGUUACUUUUUUGCACCAGUUUCAGAAAACAGAUUGCACAAUAUCUACGGUAUAUCAUCUGUGUCCUAAUGGCAGUAAAUCCACCAAAAAUCAAGGUGCUGCUCAGCGACAACGACAGAGUCAGAAUCAGAAUGAGCUUUAUUGCCAGACUAAAGAAACUCAAACAGGCAUUUAUUGGAAAAUAUGAAGAAAGUCCUCUGUUUUAUGCAUGUGCUCCCGGCAGAGUGAAUUUAAUAGGAGAACACAUUGACUACUGCGGUUAUGCCGUCCUGCCUAUGGCUAUCGAGCAGAAUAUCCUUGCUGCUGUGUCAGUGAACAAGUCUCAUAUAAUCCAACUGGCCAACACUGAUCCCAAAUACAAGGAUUUCACAGUGUCUGUCAGAGAAAUAACCAUAGACCCAAAAAAUCCUCAAUGGCAUUAUUACUUCCUUUGUGGAGUCAAAGGUGUUCAGGAACAGCUGAGCUUGUCUUCUCUGGCUGGGAUUCGGUGUGUUGUGGAUGGAACGAUUCCAGCUAGUUCAGGCCUGUCUAGUUCCAGCGCUCUGGUCUGCUGCGCUGGCUUGGUCAUGAUGGAAGCCAACCAAAAGUCUGUCUCCAAAGUAAUGUUGGCUGAGACAUGUACCAAGUGUGAACGCUAUAUUGGAACUGAAGGAGGAGGGAUGGAUCAAUCCAUAUCUUUCCUUGCUGAAGAGGGAACUGCAAAGCUGAUCGAGUUCAAUCCCCUGAGGAGCACAGAUGUGAAGCUCCCAGAUGGUGCUGUCUUUGUGAUUGCCAACAGUUGUGUGGAGAUGAACAAGGCAGCCACAUCACACUUCAACAUUAGAGUGGUGGAAUGCCGCAUUGCUACGAAAAUACUGGCUAAGUUCAGAGGCCUGGAGUGGAGAAGCCUGCAGAAGCUGGGAGAACUGCAGACACAACUGGGCUCGAGUCUGGACAAGAUGCUGGAUUUGGUGGAGGAAGUCCUUCACCCUGAGCCCUACAGCAAAGAAGAAAUUUGCAAGAUUUUGGGAAUCACUGCUCAGCAGUUGUGUGACAGUAUCCUCAGUGCUAACACACAGCAUGAGAUCCACUUCAGGCUGUACCAACGGGCCAGGCACGUGUACAGUGAAGCGGCACGCGUGCUGCAGUUCAAGGCUGUGUGUGAUUCUGCGCCUGCUGAUGCUCUUCUGCAGCUUGGUGAGCUAAUGAACCAAAGCCAUACUAGCUGCAGAGACUUGUAUGAGUGUAGCUGCCGAGAGCUGGACCAGCUGGUGGACAUUUGUCGGAAGGCAGGUGCAGUGGGUUCCAGGUUAACAGGCGCUGGAUGGGGAGGCUGUGCUGUUUCCAUGGUACCCACUGAAAGGAGGGAUUCUUUUCUCCAGCGAGUGAAGGAGCGCUACUACAUGCCUGAUGCUCGACGAGAAGCUCUGGUAAAGCAGAGCCUUUUUGUAACAAAGCCAGGAGGAGGAGCAGCUAUUCUUACAGCAGAAUAAAAACUCAGGGAGAUUUA